UCGCCACUGCCCGCCUACUAGUUGUUGCAAGACCUCCUCUAAAAUCUAAUUGGAUUUCACAAACUAGGGUCUGUCCAGCUGUUUCUUGUUUUCCCGUUUCACUAUUCGACUGUAAAUGUUGUCAAUCAACUGUACUUUGACAUGAAACUCCACCUUCAGACAUCUAACAAAGUACUAUUGGCUACUGUAUCCAAUGGUCGACGCCGAUUGGCUGAGGCCCUGGAAGAGCAGGACUGAGCCCGAGAUAAAGAAAAAAAAGAAAAACCGAGGCCAACCCAGAAGAGAACGUACCAGAGAGGAGAGAGAGAGAAAGAGUGAAGAAAUAAGAAGGCGGGAUGAGCAACAGAGAGGCAGGACCAGAGGGAAGAUAGAAGAAGCAGGGAGGAGCCUGAUCAGCCAACAGCAGAAACAACAGACGAAGGGACAGACAGCGGAGAGCCAUGAAGCCAUUAAAGAAGGGGGGCAGACCCUCGCCCCCAUCCACCCGUGCCAAGGCAGGGAAGAGACGGGGCCAGUCGGACAGCAGUCCGGAGCAGGACCAGUCCAAAGCCUCGCCUCCCUCCCCGAAAAGACACACGCCUCCCUCGUCCCACUCGGAGUCCUCCCGCGAGGAGACCCCUCGAACCACGGCGACCCCGGACCGUGAUGAGAGCCUCUCUCGCGAGGGGGAUUGUGGGAAGGCUGGGGCAGCGGAGGAGCGCCCGAGCAGCUGCAGGUCGUCAGACAGCAACAGCAGCGUGGCCAGCUCCAACAGCAGCCCCAACCCCUCGGCCAGCCGCAAGACGGCCACCUUCAAAGCCCGCGUGCCCAAGAAGAAGUACACCUCCGAGCACUGCUCCUCAUCCUCCGGUGUUUCCACAACUGGCGCCGGAAACCAUGGCAACCCCAGCACGCCUCCGCUCAGUAGCAGCAGCAGCGGCAGUGGUGCACACAAUAACAGCGUCACUGCUCAGCAUCAGGUCAGCACUGCCAGCAGCCAGCAGACCCCAGCCAGCACACAGACCCCCAGCCAGCCUGCAGCCAGCAUGGACCCCCACAGCCACAGCCAGAGCGGGGCGGCCACAGCCGGUGCCGGCCAGUACGGGGACAGAGAAGCAGCGGAGAGGCCUCUGGUUCCCAGCCCCCCACGCUGCUCUUCCACAGACACUGCCAGUGAGCACUCAGCCGAUCUGGAGGUGACAGCAACCGCUGCCUUGAGUACACCGACACCCUCAGACCCCCAGCCCAGUGUGGAGCGCCCCCACCAGCACCCCCAAGCGCCACCCUCACACUGUAACUCCAAUUCCUUACAGGACAGCCUGACUGGAGGUCUGGAAGAUGCCCUAGCAAAAGGGCUGAAGAACCAGCGCGUGCUGGCACGGCAGGGUUCCGGCAUGUUCCUAGCCGGUGUGGUACGGCACGUGAGCGGGGAGCAGGGGAGCGUGGAAGUCCAGCUCAACGGGGAAAAGGGCUUAAGUUUCUAUCCCUACCAGCCGACCGAAGGAGCAGUAGACCUUGUGCUAGACUCCCCACCUCCAGGCGCAGCACAGGUCGCCAUUGGGACCCAUGUGUGCGUGCCAUUUGGAGGGGGCCACGAGGGCAGCGAAGGGGCCCAACAGCUCUACCGGGAGGGGCUGGUGACGCAGGUGGAUUCCCACCCCGCCGUGUCAUUCCCCUACCGCGUGCUGCUGAGGGAUGAGCCAGGAGCCGCUGCCGUACAUGACAGGGGGGCUCAGGAGGAGGGCGGCGGAGCCUCCCCCAGUCCUGUGCAGGCUGUGUGGGUGUCCCGGCAGAGCCUGCGUCUCCUGGUGCCACCGUGGGAUCUGGAUCCGGGCAGCCGUGCCUGGGAGGACCGCGAGGACAUGGAAGUGGAGCGCGAACUCUCAAAGUUCAUCGCAGGGCCGUUCCACGGGAGGACGUUGCUGCCUCAUCCAGCAUCUGCACCCCCAUCUUCAUCCUCGUACUCCUCCUCUUCCUCGACCAUUGCUGCAGCUGGGGGUGUGAUGAUGACGUCGGUGCUUAACAUGGCAGGUGGCCGAGACUGGGAACGAGAGAGGGAGCAAGAGAUUGAGAGAGAGAUGGAGCGACAGAGGGAACGAGAGCGAGAGAGGGAAAGAGAGAGGGAAAGGGAACGAGAGAGGGAACGAGAGAGGGAAAGGGAGAGAGAAAGGGAAAGAGAGCGGGAGAUGGAGAGGCUCCAGCAACAGCACCACCAACAGCAGCAGACUCCUGAGGAGGACAUGGAAGUGACGAUAUUCAACACAACACCGAUGAGAGAUGGGGGAAUUGGGAUCGCACCCGGAGGCAAGCCCCUGGGUGUGUCCCAACCCCGACACAUCCUCUCUAAGCCACCGUACCUGUCAGUGGUGCGCAACAUCGGACCCCCCCUGGCCCACCUGGCUCUCAACCCACACGCACCCCCAUCUUCUGUGCUGUUGGGUCUAGAUGGAGCCACCCCCGUGAUGCCCUCGACACCUCAGCUGCCCCCACUUCCGCCCUCCUCGCGGGGAGUCCUGGACAAGCCUCCUUCCUCAAACUCCCACGCCUCCUCAGGGGGGUCUGGCUCCGGCGGGGGCUCGGGUUCGGGGUCUCGGUCCCGGACCCCUCUGACAGCGGCACAACAGAAGUACAAGAAGGGCGAUGUGGUGUGCACCCCGACCGGGAUCCGUAAGAAGUUCAACGGCAAGCAGUGGCGUCGGCUGUGCUCGCGCGAGGGAUGCUCAAAGGAGUCACAGCGCAGAGGUUACUGCUCCAGGCACCUGUCCAUGCGCACCAAGGAGAUGGAGGCCGGAGGGGGGGGACCUGGGCUGGGCCGUGACCGCAGUGGAGCCAGCAGCACAGGUACGCUCACCCCCUCUGACCUCAGACUGGGGAGUGGGCGCACCAGCAGCGAGUUUGACUGGGAUGACACGUCUCGCGACAGCAGCGAGGCCAGCAGCCGGGGGGGCGACUCGCGUCCUCGCCUUGUGCUUCCCUCGCUCCUGCCCCACGACCUCUCCCGCGACCUCUCGCGUUUCGACUUCGAUGAGUGCGAGGCGGCCAACAUGCUGGUGUCGCUCGGAAGCUCCCGCUCGGGCACACCCUCGUUCUCGCCCGUGUCCAACCAGUCGCCCUUUUCACCAGCCCCUUCCCCAUCCCCCUCGCCCCUCUUUGGCUUCCGACCGGCCAACUUCAGCCCAAUCACAGCACCCCCUUCUCUCAACCCACGCCGGCCUCGCCACCUGAGUGGCACCAAGCUGGGCACGCCAGGAUCGGAUAGAGAGCGGCACCUGUCGGGCGUGGUGUCUACCUACCAGACCAACCUCACUUUCACCGUGCCCAUGAGUCCGAGCAAGCGCAAGCCCGAUGCACAGCCCCCGUCUCUGCCCAUGGCCCCUUCUGCCCCGCAUGACUACGGCAAGCCAGAGGUCCAGCAGGCCCAGCUGGUGGUGGGUGACCCAGCACUGGGGCUGAAUGCAGCUGGUUUCAGAGUCUUAUCCCCCCAAAGCCAGCCUCCCACCCCGUCAUUCUCCCGGCCCCGCAGCGCUGCCAGCCGCCCCUCGUCCUCUGCCGCUUCCACCCCUCCACCCAUGCUGGUGUCCCCCACGCCGCCUUCCCCCUUGCCCCAGGAGCCUAGCCCUCGCCGGGGCCUGCCGCUCCGCGACUCCCCUGUCAUCGUGCGCAACCCGGAUGUCCCACUUGCAAAGUUCAGCGAGGGACCCCUGGGCAGCCGGAGAGGCAGUGGAGGAACCGUGGCAGGUGGUGGAGCGGGUGUGGGAGGUGGAGGCGGAGGUCGCCCACGAGACAAUGGAGGCCAGCCCCUGCACCUCAGUGGCACCUUGCAGGCCCCCGUGCCCAUCAACGGCGCCAGCGCCACCAAUGGAGCCGUGCUCCUGCGUAACCCCGGCUCCACCCUUGUGCUCGUUACCUCCGCCCAGUCGCUGACGACCGCUUCCACCACCCGCUCCGCCCACACAGGCUUGGUAGGGGUCUCUUCCUCCAGUGGCAUCGGUGGAGCCGGUCCGACCAUCGCCAGCGGGGGCACAGGAGAGGGGAGAGAGAGAGAGAGGAACCCCGGGGAACACGGAGACACCCACGGAGGGGUGCUGCCUCAGCCGGUGGCCUGCCACCCAACUCCCACUGCCCUGCUGCCGCUCAUCGUGCCCGCAGAAUCCCCCCACCCCGCCCCACGCAAGGACAUCAUCAUGGGACGUCCAGGAACAGUUUGGACCAAUGUGGAGCCUCGCUCAGUCCCAGUCUUUCCUUGGCAUUCAUUGGUCCCCUUUCUGGAGCCCAGCCAGUCAAACUCUUCUGGAGCCCAGCCUACGGAUGGCCAGCCUCUUGUGAAUCAGAGCAAAGAGCCUCGCUGUGGAGUAGCUCUUGUGAGUGACAACCGCAGCGGUCAAUCAAGCACAGAGAGAGGCUCACCAUCCCGCCCUCCCCCUUCUGCUGAGGACCCUCCCCCAGAGCGCGAAGCUGGCGACAGUGAAACAGAAAGUGAUGCAGAUGACUUGUUUUUACCAGCAGUGUCCCAGGACCCAGCCCCCUCCACAGGCCAAGCGAAGAGGCGCACACAGUCCCUCAGUGCCCUCCCCAAAGAUGGAGACAAGAAGAGGGAGAAAGACCACAUCCGACGGCCCAUGAAUGCCUUCAUGAUCUUCAGCAAGCGUCAUCGGGCACUGGUGCACCAGAGGCACCCCAACCAGGACAACCGCACGGUCAGCAAGAUCCUGGGGGAGUGGUGGUAUGCACUAGGGCCCAAGGAGAAGCAGAAGUACCAUGACCUCGCCUUCCAGGUGAAAGAAGCCCACUUCAGAGCACACCCAGACUGGAAGUGGUGUAAUAAAGACCGCAGGAAGUCUCUCUCCGAGGGCCGUGGGACCCCAGGGGCCAAAGAGCUGCGGGAGCGCAGCGCCUCCGAGAGCGCAGAGGCCCAGUCUCAGGGAGUGGACCAGAAGGUAGUGGGGUCGAGCUGGACCCCCGGAGCAGAGCGUCGCUCGGGCCCCCUGGGAGUACAACACCCUCGGCCCCGCGCUUUCUCCCAGAGUGCCGUGCACAGCCUGGAGAGGAGGGAGCGAGAGAGAGACAUGGAGAAAAUGUGUCAGGAAGGAGGGAGUGGGUCCCGCCCGCGGCCGUCCGGCUCGUCUAGGCUGCAGCGGGGGAUCAGUGAGGACGUGACCAGCGACGAGGAGCGCAUGGUCAUCUGCGAGGAGGGCGACGAUGACGUCAUAGAUGACUCUUUUACCGAGGGCUCUAUAGACCUGAAGUGCAAGGAGCGGGUGACAGACAGUGAUGAGGAGAACGCGUCCGCAGAUGAGGCCGACGGCAAGCGAGCCUUCCAGCCUGUUGUCCGUCCCUCGCAUUCCUUCUCUCCCGGCAGAGACCCAUCAAAAGGUGUGGGGGCCCGUGGAAGAGACGACAGCUCACUGGAGAGGAUGACCAACAUGGCAGGUGGACUGGACAGCGGGAGACUCAAGGAUGUGAAAGAAGAAGCUGAAGGAUUGUCACCACUUCCCACUCACUCCCUCUCAUCCUCCACGACCACUCACCACCCCGGGAAUGGUGUGACCCAGGUGGUGGGCCAGGUGCGAAUGGCCCACACCAUGGUGACCAGCGUGAUGCGACCCGUGGUCAGCACCCCCGUGCCCAUCGCCAGCAAGCCUGGCGACAACGGCCUGCACGUGGACAAGAAGACCAAGCUACUGAUCGGAGCAGGAGGAGCAGCAGCAGCAGCAGGAGGAGGUGCCAUAGCAGUAGGGGGUGGGUACUUCCCCUCGUCCUCUCCCAAACCGGUGGAGGGGCAGGGGGGGCUGGUCACCAGCCUGGUGCUGGGAGGGGCCUUCCCCAACCAGCCCACCGUUCAGCUCCUCACCCCGCCCCAGUCCCUCCCCUGCUCUGCCGCUAGCCCCACCCACGCUAACGGUGCCCUCCCCCUGUCCCUGCUGCAGCCCCAAUUCCUCCCCACCUCCGCGCUCACAUCCCCCGCUGGGGGCAAGCCUGUCACUCAGGUGCAUUACAUCCUGCCCACCCUGCCCGCCAACCCCAAGAGCCCCUCCCCGCAGCAGCCAACCAGUGUCCUCACUUUGCCCACAGCCUCGCCCACCCACAUGUCCUUGGCCAAUGGUGUGCAUUCGGGGGCAGGACCAGGGAUAAGAUAUGCCUCAGUUCCUGCAAUGGGCGGAUUCAGCCCAGGAGGAGGAGUUCAAGCACAGACCCCCAUCUUGCAGAGCAAGAUGCUGGUUCCCAUGGCGACCAUGAGAACAGGCUCCACGCCUCCGCAGCCCAUCUCUCUGGUAGCCCCCCCACUUCCUGUUCAAAAUGGUGCUCAACCAGGAAGUAAGAUCAUUCAGAUUGCUCCGAUGCCUGUGGUCCAGACCAAUGUUCAUCCCUCAGCAGCAGUGCACCCUGGGAAUUCCUUCCCCGUUUCCAUGGGAACAGCGACUGUUAUGGCUCCGGGCUCGGCUCCCUCACAGACUGUUCUGCUUACUCCUCCACCCACAAGGAUCACUUAUGUGCAGUCAACCCCGGGCGUGGCUGCCCCUAUGCCACUGGUCUCCACAGCAACGGUCUGCCCCCCUCAGCAGGCUCCACCUCUCUCUGGUACAGCGUUCCUGCAAUCACCCCUGGCAACUCUGGGUUUCACUGCCAUAGCACCUGCUGGUCAGGCCCUGGUCCAGCCAAUUGCAGCAGGUCAGCCCCCCCUCUUGGCCCCAGCUCCUCCCCCCAGCUGUCCAUCACAGCCCGCCGCAGCCAAUGGAACUCCCCGCCAAGUUCUCACAGCCAUCUACCCUGCCCCCAGCGUCACCCUAGCAACAGGGGUGAUGUCUUUGGCAACUGUACCCCCAAACAUGACCCUUCCCCCCCCUUCCUCCAACCCAGACUCUCCCUCCUCCACCCUGCACAUAGGGACAGCCACACCUGUGACAGCGCAGCUGGCAGAGCACAUGCAGGCGCAGCCUCAUGCAGACAGACAGGUGGGCAUGUCUCCCGUCGCCGAGGAGACGGAGAGGCAGAGCGCAGCGGAGAAGCACACGGACGCAGAAGCACAGGCGGAAACCCCGGGCCAUACUGCAGCAACAGCACAAGCAGGCGGCCCAGCCCUGCACCCCACACCCACUGGUCGCCAUGGUAGCACGCAGGUCAAGGCUCAGGAUGCAGCCAAUCAGAGUGAGACAGAUAGAGAGAGGAAGAUGGAGGAGGGUGGUGCCUCAUGGCGAGACCAAGCGGCUGAAGGACAGGGGUCCGAUAGGGCCUCCAAGGGCCACAGCACUGACGGGAGUGGGAAGGAGGAACACAGCAAAGAGGUGAGACGUAAGGAAUCCAACUCCCCCCCGCCUCCUUCCUCAGGACUGGAGCCCCCUCCUCCCCCUCCUCAGAAUGACAGAGACAACCCUACCGUCAAGAAGGCCAAGUCCCGCCCCCCGCCCCUCAAGAGGACCUUUGAGCCUGUCGACAGGGUGAUGUCAGGGUCAUACUUCGAGGAGUGUCUGGCCGAGCUGCCGGAGUUUCGACCUGAGGAGGUGCUGCCCUCCCCCACCCUGCAGAGCCUGGCCACCUCCCCCCGAGCCAUCCUGGGGAGCUACCGCAAGAAGAGGAGGAACUCCACUGAUUUAGACUCUGCAGAUGACCCCAGCUCUCCUAGGAGGAAGAGUCGCCGGCUGUCCAGCUGUAGCUCCGAGCCCAACACACCCAAAAGCGCUGCCAAGUGUGAGGGGGAGAUCUUCACCUUUGAUAGAGCAGGAGAGUCGGAGGACACGUUGGGGGAGUUGGGGGAGCGCACUUCGUACUCCUCACUGCGCCGCACUCUGGACCAGCGUCGGGCCCUCGUCAUGACGCUCUUCCAUGACUACGGCUUCUUCCCCUCAACCCAGGCCACGGCUGCCUUUCAGGCCAGCCACUCGGACAUCUUCCCCACCAAGGUGUGCCUGCAGCUGAAGAUCCGUGAGGUGCGACAGAAGAUCAUGCAGACGGCCACGCCCGGGGCCUCCGAGGGCCUGGGGUCAGUGGGGGUGAUGGGCGUGACGGGCUCAGACUCCGCCUCCACCCCUGGCCCGUCCAGCGUCCCACUGCGAGAGGAGAGUGGGGCGGAGCCCGACGAAAGGGGGAGUGGUCACGAGGAGACCAACUGCACGGGCGAAUCGCAGGAUUCCACCAGAUGAAGAAGAGCGACUCACAUUGACAGACAAACAGCAAAGAUGGGCGACUCACAGAGGGAGGAAUAUUACUUACUCUUAUUUACAUACAACAACACUUUUUUGUGGCUAAUUUUUUGGUUUUAUUUUUUAUCCUUUGUGGGACACACAGGAAAUAUGUGGCACACUGUCUCUUUAUUACGCAUUCACAUCCACAGCCACUCACAUUCACACACAGGCAUGCAUUCACUCACACACCCAUACACACCCAGACAUUGGCACACACAAUCACACACACAAAUACUCACUCACCAAACAUUACCCUCGCAAACUCACAAACUUUUAUGCAAGGACACAACGCAAAACAAAGAAUAAAAUCUAUAUCUAUAAGUCGCCGUCACUCAACGGACACACACACGACAGGCACAAACGAACUUUUUGUAAAGAGCAUGACCUGGCACACACUCACUUUGUACAGCGAGGAGAGGACUGAGCAUCUGAGCACCACGCAGACCGAUGGCCACAAAGACCCCCGUCGACUCACCACUUUUCAAACCCCCCAGCCCCCCGACCCCCUUCACACAUCCAGCAUCAGUGGCUCAGUGUCCAGCCACCCAACCUCAGCUCCAGUGCCCUACAAUGCUGCGCCUCUGGCAGCCCCUAGACUGACCUCUGCUCAUCUAACCAAGCCAUCGGCUCUUGCUCUCCUCAUUGGCCUGAUUGUUGUACUGAAUGGAUAAGAAUGUCUCUUCCUUUUUCUUAUUUCUCCUAUUUUUUUUUUUUUUUGGUUUCCACUUUUGGUUUUACUGUUGAAAUGGACAGAACUGGGCCAUGGUGGCUGCUUCCAGUGGACCCAGACCCAGUCGCAUAGCAGCGGUGCUGGUUCCAGUGGGACCGAAAACACUUUGGUUCCCAUGUCUGAGAAGAAAGGGAGGCAGCAGCAGCUCGUCUCAGGUAGCAACAGCAGCAGGAAGUGAUGCAGUAGAUCACGGCUGGCGUGUGCAUUUGCUUCUUCCUGUGGUGUUCAAAAUGGCUGUUCAUUUACUAGUUUUUUUUUUCUCUAUCCCUUGAUUUAUUUUUUUCAAUUCAAAGUGAACCAAACAAAGGUUUGGUAACUCAAGACUUACUGACCUGCAACUGACCAAGCGGCCGGGCAAAGGCGAAGGAGGGGAAGACAAGGCUGUGGUGACUGCCAAAAAACAUACACACUCACACACACACAUACAACAUAUACUAAGAGCGAGUGAUAUAAUGGCACUCACAACAUGACAGCAGAGGAACGUAUGUAUAUCUUCAAAAAAGAGGGAAGAAUAGACAAAAAAAACGAAUGACUAACUCACCAAGCUUGCCCCCCACCCCCUCUGAGUCUGUCUGUAGUAUGUGCUUUGUUGUCAGCACUUGUGUCGUUCUGGUGAACCCGGUUAACCUGUGACAACAGUCCGCGUUUUUUCCUGGAUGGCUGUGGUAGGCCUAUCUUUUUAGCACGGACUAACAUAAACAUACAAACACACCACCUGUUUGGUCUAAGCAGACUUGUGCUCUACUCCUCGCUCUUAAAAAAAAACUCCUUUCGAGCCUCCAUGUUAGGCUAUCUUUCCCACCCCCUGCCUCUCUUAUCCUGUAGUGUACGCUAUGGAUGGGGGUGCUAGUUUCUUUAAAAAAAAAAAAAAAAAUGUUUCAGUCAGGUGUUUGCACAAUAAGUGGUCCAGUGGCCACGUUUGUAAUCAGGAAAGUAUUGUUUUUGAUAGAUAUUUAAAUUUGACUACAUCUUAGUUCCGUUCCCCCCCCCUGCCCCAUCCGACCAUACCCCAAAUCUACCUGUUUUUGCUCUUCUCUUUCCUUGCUAAAACUCCUUUUCCUGCUCUUAUGUUUUGUUUUUAAAUUCCCCUUUUCUACCCCAACUCUCACCCCAAAAGCCUGGCUUCAGGGUCAGGUGAGGUUUUGUAGCUCAGGAUGGAUAAAAUUAGGAUAACCCCAGGGAAUUCUGACUCUAGAACAGUGCUAUGGGGCGUAUUCUCAGGAUCUAACCCCUUCACCCUUUCCUCCCCAGUCCCUUUCUCUGCCACUUUAUCUCAAUGGUGCAAUAGGACAGUAGAAGUGAAUAUGGUUGAUACGAUUGACAGGAUUGUGCCAUAGAUACUCACUGUACAGUCUGAAGAGCUGUCGUUAAAAAAGAAAUGUAUACAAAUGACAGAAAAAAAUGAUGUAUAAUAACAUCUAUAAUUUGAGUUCUGAGAAAGUAAGUAAUCCAACAGAACAAACUAAAAAUCCAAACUAUUAAUAUAGCACUUUCUUUUUUCGUCUUGUUCAGCUGAGGGAUCAUAACUAUGUCUCUCAGUAUUCACUUGAAUGUGUGAAAAAUAUAUAUAUAUAUUUCUAUAUGUGUAUAAUAUAGAGGUGCGUGUGUGUGUGUGUGUGUAAACGUUUCUACAAGUACUCAAGCAAACUUGAUUUUCCCUCACUCAAAAGCUGUCACUUCUUACUUGCCUAAUUCAAUGGCACAACUCUUUAGGACUGUUACUGUAUGUUUGUGUAAAACUGACAGGUAUGUGAGAAAGCAUGAGCAAGACAGAGAGAGAUGACAAGAUAGAAGAGAGAGAGAGAGGGAGAAAGAGAGAGAGAGCGAGAGUCAUACAGAUGAUUAGACAGAAAUUUAAAGAAUCUUGGCACUUACUAUGUCUGCAAACAUGCGCUUGCACACACACACAUGCAUACUGACACCUAUGUGUGUACACCUUACGAUUGUGUAUCCAAUAAAUGGUCCUUACUUUGGAGAAGGAAUUUUAGAAUGAGAAAGAGUGUUAGCCCAUAAACAGGCAUGUUGACCAUGUGCAAUAUUUCUAAACAAAAUGAAUAUUGAAAAUAUUAAAGACCUAACCCAACCAAA